CGCCGCCGCCGCGGUGCAUCGUGGUCCGCGUAGUUCCGGUGCGGCCGCGGCGGGCGGCGUUGGCGGGCGGCGAGAGGCCGCGGUUGGCCUUGUGGGAGCUGUAGUUCGGCGGGGGUCCCCCGCGCCCGCUCUCCCCGCCGCCGGGGCCGCCCAGGGGUCCGUUCCCCGGCCGGGGAAGGCCGCCCCGCCAUGCCGGGCUUCACCUGCUGCGUGCCGGGCUGCUACAACAACUCGCACCGCGACAAGGCGCUGCACUUCUACACCUUCCCCAAGGACGAGGAGCUGCGGCGCCUCUGGCUGAAGAACGUCUCCCGGGCGGGCGUCAGCGGCUGCUUCAGCACCUUCCAGCCCACCACGGGCCACCGCGUCUGCAGCGAGCACUUCCAGGGCGGCCGCAAGUCCUACCUGGUGCGGGUCCCCACCAUCUUCCCGCUGCGCGGCGUCAACGAGCGCAAGGCGCAGCGGGCCGCCCGCCGCCCCCGCCCCGCCGCCGCCGCCGCCGCCGCCGCCGCCGCCGCCGCCGCCGCGCAGGGCUCCGGUGCCGCCGCCGAGGUCCCGGCAGGGGGCGCGGCCGAGGACGUGAAGCCCAUCGACCUGACGGUGCAGGUGGAGCUGGGGCCCGGGGCGAGCGCUGGGCCCGGCCCCGGGAGGCUGCCGUCGGCAGCGGGGGAGGAGGGCCCGGUGGAGGGCGGCCCCCCGGACCACUCGUACUCGUUGUCGUCGGGCACCACGUCGGAGGAGCUGCUGAGGAAGCUGAACGAGCAGCGCGAUAUCAUCGCGCUGCUGGAGGUGAAGAUGAAGGAGAUGAAGGGCAGCAUCCGCCGCCUGCGCCUGGCCGAGGCCCAGCUCCGUGAGGAGAUCCGCGAGAAGGACCGGCUGCUCCACGCCGCCAGCGCCGGCACCCGCAAGCGCCACGGCCUCUGAGGGCUGCCGGGGCCCGGCCCGGCGCGGGGGGGGGAUGCCAGGCAACGGCGCGGGGCUCCCCAUCAGCCUCUGCCGCCCUCGGGGAGAUGCCCGGCUUGAGCGGCGGCGGGACGGGCUGCAGCCCCGCUGCCCGCUCCCUCCUGCCCCCCACUGAAGCAGCCCCCCAGCCAGGCAAACCUGGGUUCCCCUGCCUGGACGGGGCGGCCGCUGUCAACUCGAUGCUGAGCCCCGUUACCGAUCCACCGUCACCCCAGAGCUAGCGCUGCGGGCUCCACUGGGCCCAUCAGCACCCUCUCUGUGCCGGCAGAGGCAAAAAGCGCUUUUUUUUUAGGCUAGAUGGGACCCGUGUCACCACAAAGUGGACGUAGGGUGUCAAGUUUUCAGCAAAUAAACUCGCUGUGUGUUAAGUGAGGUAGCAGCAACACUACCCCCUGGAGAAGGCGUGUCUGAAAGCGUGGUUGGCACUGUACCCUUCGUAGGAACGAACAACGAUGUCAUGUUUGGCCUUGCUUAGCAGAGGCACGAGGAGAGCUUUAGAAACCCUCUCAGGGUGAUGUGUUUCUUCAGUAAAUUACUGAUGCCAUAAAAGACUGCUGUUUCUAGCGUGAAAGAAACCCCAGAUUAAGGAGUGCUCUUGUACUAUGUAGUUUCUGCUUUCUCCGCAGUACAUACGUAUUUGUUACAGAUGUCUCGAUGCUCUCAACACUAGUAAGGAUUGCGAUCUGGUACAAAGAACCCGGUGGCGUUUGAUGGCUGUAGUUUAUCUCAUUGGCUUAAGAACUCCCCUCUAAUGAAAUGGAGGCUUUGUAGCACAUCGGAAUUUAAAUACUUGGCUUUCGUUCAGAGAACCGGGAUGAAGCAGAAGCGAAGCGAGUUUAUCUGCAAUGGUUGCAAACCCUUGCUGUUUAAUCCUAAACUAGAUGGCAUGACUAAUAAUCUGUACAUUAGGCAAGACCUCACUGAAACGUGCUUGCGUGUUCUAAACCGAGAUUUAAGAGUAUUGUAACAAAUCUAUGUGGAAUGAUUGUGUAGUUUCUGUUUCUAGCCAGCAUUAGUCCCCUCACUUGCAGCAACAGGAAACCAAAUCAACGUUGGCUAGAAAGAGGGUAGUGGAGUGAGGGUAGCAAGGCUACUAGUCUGGCCUGGAAACAUACUUCCAGGUUAGCUGGUGGAACAGAUACCUCGGCACUGAGGAGGAGGAGGAGGAGGAGGAGGAGAAGGAGGAGGAGGGUAUCUGGUGCACCUGCGUAGUUCUGUGGUGAUAUGUACUUAGGGGAUACGGCUUUGAUAGCGAUGGAUGUUGAAAACUAAAAGGCAGUUCACCACAGUGUGCCCGUAAUUACACUUGAGGGAGGAGUGCCCAGGUGUCUUCUGGGUCUGUGUGAUCUUUCUCCUGUAAUUGGAGUGCGUUACGCUCGGUAGAUUGGGAUGUCAGUUUUACUAAAUUUUAUAGGAGUAUUUUCUAAAUGUAAAAAGUAUCUUUAGUUUGAAAAUAUUGUAAUCUUUGUAACACUGGCUAACGUAGCUUUACAACUGCCGGUUUCAAUACUCUGUAUGACUGAACAAAAGGGCACAGUGGGAUUUGGUAGCUGGAGGUUUAUUGAUCAUGUAGCCCGUUCAGCUAAAGGCAUUGGUUGCCACAGCCUGCUAUGUGAUGCAUGGGUCAUUUUUCUAUUAACGUGUGUACUGAGUUGGAUGGUCGACUGUAAGGAUACUACAGGUCUAUUCAUGUACUAAGUAUUUCCCAAUAUUUCAUUUUAAUUUAUUUUCUCCAAUCUGAUAUAUAGCUCUUAACUUCAGCUCUGUGGUAUACUGAUUUUCCUGCAAGCCAAGUAAGCAGCAAUUUUUUUGGUUGGUUGGUUGGUUGGUUUGGCUGUUGGUUUUGGUUUUGUUUUGUUUGUUUGUUUGUUUGUUUUUCAGUAGGGAAAGCAGAUACCUGCUACACCAUCUGAUUUAACAUAUGUAAUUGGUCCAGCAGAUCUAUAUGCUCCCAUCAAGACAAUAGGCAGCACAACGUCUCUCCUUACAAACGAGACCGGUUGUGGGUCCUAGCUUCUUGAGAACGUGUGUGUCGUAACAGUCGUGGUACUUUUUCUACCAUUGGAAUGCACUUCAGGACGUUCAGCCAUUCAGCCUGCUGGACUGGUUAACUGCUGGACUCUUCACCUUCUCCAGGUUACACUGAGGUGCUAACAUGCUUAAUUUUAAUAAAGUAUAUUUUGUUUUGUUA